CUAAAUUGCCAAGAAAAAAUGAUUGUGUAUACAUGUUUACAUAUCUUUAUGUUUUCGGGAUUAAUACUUACAACGAUUGCUAAUGAAAUAAUUGAAUACUUGUCUUUUAAAAACUUACCAGUGGCACAAGAAGAAUUUUAUAAUUGCUUUAAUAACAUUGAAUUUGACGACAAUAUACAAAUAGAUAAAGAUUCAUUAUAUAUAUUUUUAAAUGACAUAAGAGAUAGAUAUGUUUCCGGUAAUUUACAACCGAUCAAUACGAGUAAAGAAGUAAUAAAAUUUAUUAGAGGGUCCGUUGAUUUAACACUAAGUAAGACCAGUAAAGAAUUAAUGAAAUUAAUUGGAUUGUAUGAAGAUUUAACACUAAACAAGACAAGUAAAGAAUUAAUGAACUUCAAAGGAGGACAAACAUCAAUUAUUAUAAAAGAUUUUGAAAUCUGCUGUACUAAGUUUCAUAAGAGAUUGUUCAGGGUUGAAGAGCCUAUAUUAACGGGACAUAGUGAUAUUGUUGCCAAGGCUUUAAAAAAACAUUCUGCAGCUGUAAAUAUGUUGUAUGACUGCAUUGAAAAGUAUAGUAUUUUUCCGGGACAUCUAAAAUACAAAUUGAACGAUGAGUCUUUCCGUCAAUCUACGAUCAGCGAUUUAAAGGAAGUUAUCUCUAAAACCCGCACUCUUCAAUCACUGGUUAACCGUGUUCCAAUACAUAUUUUUGGUAAUAAUUACAGUAAUUUUGCGAAGUAUUGUUCUGCAGCAUAUUAUACUUUUUUGAUCUCCGAUAAUAAUGGAAUUUUUUUUUCAAAAACUGUUGAAGGAAUAAUGAGUUUAAUAACAUUGAAGAAUUUAUCUCGUGCUAAAACAGCGCUGUACAAUUGCUUCACGAACAAUAAUUUAAUCGAUUUUAUAAAAAAUCGUAAAUCUUUUGAUAGAUUUUUAAAUAGACUAAGGAAAAGAAUUCUUUCUGCCGAUAUCCUACCUAGAAAUGCUCAUGACGAAAUAAUUGAAUUUUUAAAAGAAGAUUUAUCAAAUUUUACGAAUGAAAUAAUUAAUUGCUCCACUAUUUUUCAUUCAACAUUGUUUGAAGUGACAGAACCUGAAUGUCUCUUAGAGUUGAGUCAGAAUGGUAAAAAUACAUUAAAUGAGAUUUUAGAAAAUGAAAACGUGGAUGAUCUUGUGUCUAAAAGAUAUGAUGUAGCAAUUGAUAUUCUGUAUGAAUGCUACGAAAAGUAUAGAUGUUUUCCAGGAAUAAAAAAGAAGAUAUUGAACCAUAAGUCUUUCCGUGAAUCUACGAUCUGCGAUUUAAAGGAAGUUAUCUCUAAAACUCGCACUCCCCAAUCACUGGUUAACGGUGUUUUAGUAUAUAUUUUUGGUAAUAAUUACAAUAAUUUUGCGAAGUAUUGUUCUGCAGCUUAUUAUACUUUAAUAACUUUAGAUGAAAAUCGCUCUCGACCAUGGUUUAUUCUCGGUGAAAAGUACUUAGCAUCUCUUAAAAAUGUUUUUCGAUUUCCCCAUCAAUUGUGAUAUGAAAUUCUGAACUUGUUAUAAUUUUAAUAAGAAAAAUGUAAAAAAAAAAAAGUUCUAUUUAUAUUUAAAUAUUUUUAUUGUUGGUGCAACCACUGUGGGUUAGAGGGUUGUAACCCUCCUUCUAUAUGUUUAGCGAUGUUUACAUUUUUUAGUCAUGCAUAAACAAUUUUUUUGAGAAUUUAAUUUCGUUUUUGCUUAUUUGAAUUUUCUUAAUUAGCGAUUCAAAGUACACAAUUUAUGAUAAGAAAAAAUAAAAAGGUUAUUAUUAAUUUUGAAAUUAAACCUUCCCCCAUGAAAUUAUUUUCUGGUUGCACCACUGGUUUUGAUUAACUUUGUAUUUAAUUCAUAAUAACUCAUUAUUGUAAUAAGAAUAUAAUUCAAAAUAUAAUUUUGAUUUUGACAAUUUUAUUUUAUUUAUCCAUUUACUUCAUAAUUAUUUAUUACUUUAAAGAUUAAACGUUUUUUCAGACAUUUUU